UUGGGUGAGCCUGGAAACAUUAAGAUGUUUUUAAAAUUCUUCUAGUUAGUGUGGAAACCUUGAGUCUCCGGGAGCAAGGUGGUGUCCCAUGCCCUGGCACAAACAUUCCCGUCCUGGGGGAUGAUUCUCUGAGUCAUGCAGAGGAAAAGAAACGUUCUGAUGUAAAAGACAACAGGAAGGCGUUCAGCACGCCGUGUGCCAGCAGGACACCUGCAGGGCUGCCGCAGGGGUGGAAUUGAGCCACAGGCUGCAUGGGGAGUGCUGAGAAAACUGCACGGCUGCACAAAUCUGACGCCAAAGCAGGGCUCUAUUUUUGGUCUCCGCUCGGCGUUCCUGACACCUGUAGGGACGCGUGAAGUGCACAGGAGACUUGUGCAGCACCUCCCGGAGCGCAGGAGCCGCCGCGGGGCAUGGGAGCGCAGCGCAGCGUUCCUGCUUAGCCAACAGGACUAAUUAUAACCCAGGAAUAUGAACUGUAAAUGUGCUGAAGCUGCCAAGACGGGAGCUGGGUGUGUGCCAGCGCUUGAAUGAGGACACACCAUCCUGUCAGGACUCUCCGGGAGCCGAGGCACGCGUGGAGCCCACGGAGGGAGAUGGACACGGGGUGCGGCAGGAGGACGGUAUACUUAUCAGAUGCAUUCUGUGAUCUCUACCAGUGAACCUGCACAAGCAAUUCCUUUCUAAGCUCACUCUAGGAACUGCACUUGUCCUUGUACCACUCGAACUCCCAGAGAAUUACAAUUAACAAGACCUUUUUACUUACUGAGAAAUAUAAUGACUGAGUUCCUGGUUUGCUUUAAUUGGUGCAAUGGUGAACAGCCCCCACCGAAGAGGCGCCGGAGGCUGGACCGGAAUAUGAUAGGAGAACCAAUGAACUUUGUGCACACCGCGCACAUCGGGGCCAGAGAGAUGAGUAGUGACUAUUCCUCAGCUGUGUCAAUUCAGGACCACAUGAAGUCUAAAGGUGGCUACACAAAUGGCACUUCUGCAACUGUUGAAAUAUAGGAAACUGAGAGAAGGCUGAAAUCUGCUCUGUCUUAUGAGGACCCCUUGGACUGGAUGGUGCUUUCAUAUUCUCUAAAACCUUGUUAUCAUGGAGUAGGGAGAGUACCUGAAUUAAAAAUAGGUCAGUACAAGCUUUGGUGUUCUUUGCACAAUAUCUUCUGAAGGAAUUAUUGUAAGUUAUCCUUAAAAUGGUCUUUCAUGGUAGUGUUGUAGUAACAACUGUAAUUUGUCACUGUGGAUGACUUCCUAGCUGUGUCCCAAAAGCUUCUCAAAGAUGUCAUAUAAGAUGGGAUUUGAAGUCAGUAUGAAUUGUCUGGGAUUUUGGCAUCUUUUUCUCCUCUCAGGAAAUGCAGAGGAUAUUUAAUUGGAAGGCUUCGCAUGACUUCACUUCUUACAUGGGCUAAACUGAGUUGCUAAGUAUGACCUGGUAGCUGUCAGAUAACUUUGGACCUGUUUUUUACAAACUAAUGCAUAAAUCUUUGGUAUUUUUAAUGCCUUUCAGUAGUGAAGGAACUCUAAUGUAGGAUAGUUAGCUGAGUCUGCAAAACACAGUGAAACUUCUGCCUUGCCGAGAUAACACUUUUGUAUCUAAAAAUGGAGCUUUUGCAAGCAUUCUGACUCUCAAAUGAGACUUAGAGCAAGAGAUGUGUCCCUCAGUGACUGGGCUGCCUCCCAUCAAUGCACACACACUGCUGUGACUGGCAGCUAUUACUGCAACACAGCUAAUUGUACCUACCAGUUAACUUCCAGUGGUGCUACAAUAUGCUCACACCUGUGUGUUAGUUUUUCUUGACUUCCAUUGAAUUUUAAACUAAAUAUGUUUAAGAGCCCUCUCUUUGUUACUUCUCUGUAAUAGUAACCACACUGGACUUCAAGGGAUAUCUUGCCUGUCCUUCUGGCUCCUUAAUUUCAAGACUGUCUGUUUUAUAUGAAUUUAAUUUUUCUUGCAUGUGGUGUAAGUGAUAUGGCCAUGUGAAGGACACACGUUUAAAGAAUAUUGUGAAAAGUUGCAGGAGAGUGUUAAAUGGAAACAGCAUUUUGCAGAGUUCCAGCACUUAAUAAAUAUUUAAAUAAAUAUCCAUAAAUAUUUGACAUAUUCAAUCUACAGUUUAUUACUUAGUUCUUAUUCAUCUUUCUAUUAAGUGAUAUGACAAAACUGCUGAAGCAGAACUGGGUUUUCCUCUUACUCAAUCACUGACAAUUGUUCCCCAGCUCAAAAUUCCAUAUGACUACCACUGUAGAAACAGGAAAUAUGCUUGCUCUCAUGGGAUUAACUAAUUACAAGUGUUUAAAUUGCUGCCAUAUCAGCACAAGUUAUGCUGGAAGUCAGCAAACUCUGCCCUUGCUCUCGGCAGAAGAUCAGUUAUGAACUAUUUUCCAUUAAAAAAAAUUUUUAGCUGGCAAAUCUUUUAAUUUGUAUGAUUUUGUUUGUGUAUAUGUUCAGAAAAACAGCUUUCCCCUCCCCCAUAUUUUAUCUUUUAGGUCCAAAAAGGAAGAGGGAGUAUCGCUUUCUGUAACAGUCAACAGCUGAUCAUAACAUUCUGUAACCACAUAAGAGGAAUCUAAUAUCCAUGUCUUGCUAGAUCUUUACUCUUGAAUUUGAAUGCACGCCAAUUUUUAAUAUAUUUUAAAAUUAGCAUAUUUAGGUUUUGCAAGUCUUACAUUUCUGCCUUCCAACUUGAGAUAUACUCUAACAGCCUAAUUAAGAUACAGAAUUUAAAGAAGCUAAUUCCUUUAUGGUGUUGAGGAAGCAGAAAAUGGCCAAGUUGUUUGAAAGAAUAGAUUCUAAUUCAUCUGCUAUUAUACAGAGUUAAUGCAUUCAGUCAUCUUUACAUGCCCAGAAAAAGUGGUGAUAGGGCAGAAGAAAAUUUUAAUUAAGAAAAUGGGCUAUGUUUUGUUACCAUUGUAAGAAAACACAUUGAACAGGAGUUAGGGUUUCUUGAAGACUCAUUCAGUGGAUUUAAAAUUAGUGGUAUAACUAGAAAUGAAGGAGUUGGUGAAUAUUUCAGUUCUUCUCUCUAAAAAUAAAUGAACAGGAAAUUUGUUAUUAAACACUUAUUUAGAGAAAAAUCCUAGUUUCGAUCAUGUAAACCAAGUACCACUAUCUGGUGUGAAACUAACCUAUUUUCAUCAGACUAUAUAGUAUUAAUAUAGUACCAUAAUAACGUGCAACAUCAUUAAAAAUAAAUGUUUUGCUAUUACAUUAAAACUGUCAUUACUUUAAAAAAAUCUAACAAACAUAACACAUCUCUUAGGGCUUAGGUAUUUUUUUGUUCUGUAUUUAGAAACCUUAUGUACUUGUAAUCUGUCAUGUAACUCAGUAUGAGCCUACCUUAGUUAUAAUAAAUAUGUUGAACUGGUCACUUGCACUCUUUUCAUAUUGUGGAAAAUCUUGAUACUUUCUCUGCACUAAAAACCUGUUGGUUAAAUGGAUGGAUCAGCAUGGCUUGAAUUUUUAUUGCACAGAAUGACAUUUCUCCACUAGAGAGCACACUUUUACAUCAAGUCUUCUCUGUUUCAUGCAAGCUCUUACUCCAUUGUGGGGUUUGGUGGUUUUUUGAGCUUGACUGAAAUAAAAUACAGAAAUAAUACCAAUUGAUUCAGCUUUUUAAUCUAUAUUGUAGGCUGAAGGCCUUACAUCAAGACAAUCAAGAAGCAUUGCAACUGCCAUUUUAUGGCUUCUUUUUUAGUCAGAAGUAAAAUAACUUGCAAGGAGAGCAGGAUCAACUGUUUGUUAUGUAGUCUGGCAGAGUCUUAGCACUGUUUGCUUCCUUGGGAAAUAGAAUUUUGGAUGGGGAGGUAUUUUCAAUUCUUGCUGUCUUAUCUCUUGAUGUUCCUGCUAGGCUUUACUGACUGUUCCAUAAUACACCUGUGGUCAGUAUAUAGAAAAGGUAUUUGUCUUUUUCACAGCCUAAUAUGUCUUUUUCAUCUCCUGCAGAGCAGCUUUAUACAAUUAUAAGGUGUCAAUGCUAUGCUCCAAAUUGCCUGUGAUAUGAUAACUUGCAACCCACACACAUGGUACUAUUCCUUUGUAUGCUCUUGCUAUAUUGGGCUACCAGGUGCUGUUAUAGAUUCCACUCUGUAUAGACAAAAAAUGUUAAGACAUUAAUAAAUACCCUUAAUCUUACUAUGCCAGUUACAAUAAGCACAAUUCAACAGUGUUGAAUUCCAUGUUCAUGAAAUUCAUUAUAUGUUACUGGAAAAAGAAACCCCAAUCUGUCAGUGAAAGAUGAUUAAAUGGCUGCUCCUGACCAUGUUUGGAUUUACUUUGCUGUCAGCACUGUGACACUGUCUUGAAAAGCCAACAGUUGAAGAUAAGAACAAUCUUGUCUGCCUUUCAUAAUCUCUGUAGAACUACAGGAAGGAAACAGUGGUGUUUUAUAGUGAUACUAUGAUAUACUCUGGUGAGUGGGUUCCUGUAAGGUUUCUAGAUACUUUGUGGUAAAUGCUUGAAAUUCAAAAUUUUAGUUGCUUGCCAAUAAAGGUGGAGUCCCGAGUGCCUGAAGGGAUGCUGUAAGUGGCUGGUGCCUGGACUUCUACAGAUAAACUGUCCUUCCUUCAUAUACAGUGAUUUGUCUGACACAGAAGGCCCAAGGUACUUACACCAGUAAUUUUCCUGUUAAUAUUUAUAUGGUUACACUGUAGAUGUAAAAGGUUUCUCAUAAUGUACAGAAUAGGUCCUCUCUAAGAACUGGCCUGUUUCCUCAAAAGAUCAUUAAGCUGUGGAAUUAAACCUUUCAUUAUACACAGCUCUAAGCCAGUUUUUCUUUGCUAUGUGAAAGCAUAAACUCUCCUUGUUAUUGCUUAAGUCUUCCUACUGCAGGGAAGGUGUUGAAGAGCUAACAGGCAGAUCAGGAACUACAGAAAAAAUGAGGUAUGGAAGUAAGGAAGAUUUAGCCAUGGAGAGGCAAUGUGGUGCACAUUAAUAAGAAAGGAGCAGGGAGCAGAACAUGCUCAUGUUGACAUUUCUUAUCUGCAAUGCACAAGACAGCUUUGAUAUCAGUUGGAAAAUACCCAUAAUAUGUGCAUAAUUGGUAUAUGGAGGAAAUUAGGCACUUAAAUGCAUGACUAAGCUGGGACUUUGAGACACAGAUUGCCAAUAUAACCUUAAUGAAUGGUAGUAUCCUCUUCCUGCAGUGGCUUACAAAGCUGUUUUCAGAAUGUAUAGAGCCACCCACAAAGGUAGCUCUGGUUUCAGCAGUUGCAGACUGAUGUCAUAUUUGUGUUUGAAAGACAAGAGGGAUUUUUCUCUUUCUUUCUGCUAUAUGUGAGAUUGCAGAUGCUCUAAAUGCCAAGGCUUGCUGCACCCACUGGAACUGCCAAAUAAAAACUAACAUUAAUAAAAAAUAGCAGUAGUAGUAGCAGUAUGGGCCUUUGGUCCACUGCACUGCCAAAACUUCAGGGAAAUGAGCUAGAUCCAGCUGAUACUCAGAUUCCAAGUAUGAGGAGGAUUGAGAUUCCAAGUAUUGGGAGGAUAUGGACGGGUUGGUGUGAAAGGUCAUGAAGAAUUCCUUGUGCCUGAGGAAGGUUGGGUGACAGUUUGAUGGACUCUGCAAACUGAGAUGCCAGAUCACCAUGAAUGUACCAGAUUUCCUUUAACUCUUUUUCUCCUGCUGUUGCGUAGAGAAUGGAAAGAUGAAACAAAAGAGUGAAAGCACUUUGAGUGGACAGGGAUGUUACUGGUAUGUGUCCUUGUGCCAAAAAAACUCCCAGCUUGAGGUGCUUGAUACUGAACUACAGCUCCUGUCUUCACCUGUGAGCUCAGAGAUGAACAAGCCCAUAACUAAAAGCUGUGCCCUUUCAGGGAGAAUGAGGUCUACGGGACACCCAUGGCAUGGUGUGCUUUGGCCUCUGCACUGCCUAAACCCAGCUUAUCAAGCAUUGCAGUAUGGCUACUGAACACCUUGUGGUUGUCACUUGUUCCAUACAUCCUGUAAUGUACAUGCAUCCCAUUAGCAUAACCAAUAUCCUAAAAUGAUACCCAAAACCUUUAUCUAAAUGGAAGUUCUCUUAACCUAGUUUUAAUGUAAGAGAUUAGUAAUGGCUGGACAAGACCAACAGCUCUGAGCUGUUUGUUGAGACCUCUGCAGUGAAUUAUUCAUGAAUUCAAGGCCACAGAACUGUGUUGAAACUAUUUUAUUCAGUGAACCUUUUAAAUUUUUUGUUGUUAUUAAAACAAUGUAAAUGGGAAGAAUAUUCAAACAAAUGUUAAGUUUCCUCUAAUAUUUGCAUAUGAAUCCAAACCAAACAAAACUAAGGCUAUUAUUACUAAGGGCCCAUCCUAAUUCGGAGGCAAAAAAAAAGUUGAAUCAUGUCUCUUACUGUUUUAAUAUAUUUUUUUUAAUAUAUAUGUAUAUAUUUAGACCAUCUUAAGUAAUGUGUAAGAAAAUAAGCCAUUCUUUUAAACUGAAAUUAGUAUGAUUGCUCUGGCUUACUGAAUUUUUUUAAAUGGACUUAAAAUCUACAUUUAAAUCACUGGAAGAGAAUUUAAUGUGCUUUUAAAGCUGACGUUGGCCUCUACAAGUGGAUGACUAAUUAAUUUUGUGUUUCUUCAUCAAAGAGCUAGAAAAAGUGGUUACAGGAUUCUUUUUAUUUUAUGUACAAUAGUUUAUUUACAUGCAUCUGAUCUUGCUGGUACUUAAGAAAUAGGUGUACAUUUUACAUCACUUACCUGAGUCUAAAGGUGAACGAAGACUGCCCUAAUAACCAUUAAUUAGUGAGCUGUGUGUUAUUAAGAAUUCAUAGAUCUGACAAAACAAUGGUAUUUAUUCUAGUCAGAAAUCUAUUUUUAAAAAAUUGAUCAAAUAUAUGCAAGUUUGAAAGUCUGGACUCAACAUGAGCUGAAGCUGCAGAUUAAUGGCGAAAGAAAUAACCUUUUACAUGCAGUUACCCACAUUUACUUUUGCAGUCUCUACUAGUAGGGAAUAUUAAAACCUGACUCAAUGCCUCUGAGGGUGUGACACAAGCUUAGCAAUGUAAUUCAAAAGUAAGGUUUACAGUGCUUCAUUAAUGCAUGCUAAUGGGGCCUUGCUGCAUAAUGGUGUAUGAGUAAAGCUUUCACUUGUUUCUUUCAACUAGGUGAAACAUUACCUUGAAAAUGCAUUUCAAUUAGUUAUUCUCUCUGCUGCAUAAUAUUCAGUGAACUAGGGUAUCUCUUCCUUGCAGAAAUUCAUAUUUACUGGUGUUCAGAUAAGGCUGUUGGUACAUGGGGAAUAGUUGCUAAAUGUGUUUGUAUGAAUAAAUAAUUCUUAAAUUCCA